CGGCGGCACCUCCGCGGCUUCUCCGCGGCUCCUCCGCGGCUCGGCGGAGGCCCGGGCGGGGGCCAUGGGCACGACGGCGGGCGCGGGCGCCCUGCGGCUGCCCGGGCUGCACGGGUACGCGGUGGAGUUCUCGCCAUACUGCCCGGGGCGUGCGGCCUGCGCCGCCGCGCAGUACUACGGCAUGGCAGGUUGUGGAACUCUGGCAGUGCUGGAACAAAAUGAAGCUGGGAUUGUUCUGCUCAGGAGUUUUGACUGGAAUGAUGGUCUGUUUGAUGUGACCUGGAGUGAGAAUAAUGAAAAUGUGUUGAUCACUUGUAGUGGAGAUGGAUCUCUGCAAAUCUGGGAUAUGGCUAAAACCAAAGGUCCGCUGCAAGUGUAUAAAGAGCACACUCUGGAGGCAUAUAGUGUUGACUGGAGCCAAACUAGAGGAGAGCAGCUAGUGGUAUCUGGUUCAUGGGAUCAAACAGCCAAGCUGUGGGAUCCAGCUGUGGGGAAGUCAUUAUGCACUUUUAAAGGCCAUGAAGGGGUCAUUUACAGCACUAUAUGGUCUCCACACAUCCCAGGUUGUUUUGCAUCUGCCUCAGGGGAUCAGACUUUAAGAAUUUGGGAUGUGAAAACCCCGGGAGUCAAACUUGUGAUACCAGCCCACCAGGCUGAGGUCUUGAGCUGUGACUGGUGCAAAUAUGACGAGAACUUGCUGGUAACUGGUGCAGUUGACUGUAGCUUGAAAGGCUGGGAUUUGAGGAACAUCCGACAACCAGUGUUCGUCUUGCUUGGUCAUACCUACGCUAUCAGAAGAGUAAAAUUUUCACCAUUCCAUGCAACCCUGUUGGCCUCCUGCUCCUAUGAUUUUACUGUAAGAUUCUGGGACUUUUCCAAGCCUAAUCCUUUGCUGGAAACAGUUGAGCAUCAUACUGAAUUUACAUGUGGUCUGGAUUUAAGUCUUCACAACCGUGGUCAGGUGGUGGACUGUGCUUGGGAUGAACUAGUCAAGAUCUAUACUCCAUCGUGUCUGGCAGUUCCUGUUUAGAAGAGAAGAUGAUCUGACAUGCCAGGAACCUUUCUGUCUUCCCCCACAAUCAGACUUGUGCUGAAGUAUCAACUAAUCUUAGUGUCUCUUUCUAAGUCAGACUGCUUGAAUGGGGUGUUGUGCACUUGAACAUGUGGAGACUUYGGGGUUUGGUUUACUGUACAGGUCAUACUUGAACUUGCAAAAUGUUCAACAGCUACUCGAUGGCUGAGGAGCAGCCAYAGCAGAUUGGAGUGGUGUCUUCAGAGCUGAAUCACCAACACGAGUUUGUGAUCUUUCUGGCUAAUGGUGAGAGCAGAAGCCUGAAUCUUCCUGUUCCUUAUAAAAUAACUGGCAGUGUAUUUUGAGGUAAUGUCACUGUAGAAAAGAAAAGACAGGAAAGGAAAAGAAAAUAAAGGCUCUUUACUGUAAAGUACUGUAAUGUCAACUGAAGUUUGUAUCACUCAGAUGCAUUUAUAUAUUUUGCUGUGAGUCACAUUGCAUUAUUUCCUUUCACAAUAUGAUGCUCUUGAUCGACAGUAAAUGUCAUAGUUUAUAGCUAGCUGAUUUAUUUGACCUUUUUGAUUGCCGCUUCACAAAGAUGGUAAAGAUUAUUUUCAUGUAUUUUUUCCUUUAGAUCUCCUUGAGUAAAACAGUUGAUGAAGUUAUGUAGAAAGAUUCUCUGAUAAUAGAGAAGAUGGUUAUGAAAAGAUGAAAUAUAUGCACAACUAAUUGGAUCAAAGUCCUCAAGAUUUAGAUACAGGGCAACCAUCUUUUCUGUUAGACUUGUCUUCUAUUUUAACUUAGAAAGUUUUCCAAGAAACAGAAGAGGAAUGUGGCCAUAUAUCCAGUGUUUGUGGAUCUCUCACAGCCUGGCCAAAGUGAAAACUGAUGUCCAGACCAGUUGAACCUAUAUACAUGCAGAUUAAUUGCAUGACAUAAGCAUAGCAGUUCCAGCAUGGCCAAACUAUUGUGGUUGCUAGAAUAUAUUCAACAUGUUCUAGGCAUGUUGAAUACUUUGCAUUCCCCCUUUGACCCCUCAGCSCACAUGCUGGUACUUUCGUCUGAGUUUUCUGGGUUAAGUAGAGAUGUUCAGUUGUUAUGCUUUCCCAGACACCUUUGAAUACUCUUUUAGGAUCCAACUGUCAUAGUACUGCAGCAUUCAUUGGUAUGUKUUAGGCUUCUCACCUGGUUUCCUGCUAGCCUUUUUUGUUUUAACCUUCUUAAGGCUGUCUCCUUUCUGCUGUUAAGCCAUCUCAAUUACYGUUACCAUCAAAAGACUCUUUGCAGGUUGGGUCUUUGCGGAUCUUUGGUCAGGUUUUCAUAGUCUGCUGUUAAUAAAUGUACCCUUCUGGGAUGCAGUGCUCAUAGAUCAACCAACAGCAGACACUGCCAGAUCUGCUGGAUGCUUUGAAGCAAUGAAGGAAAGAAUUCAGCUGAGCUAAGACCUGCAAGUUGAAAGAAAAGAAUGGUUGUUCUAUCUUGCAGAAAGAGCCAGGGAACUAACAGGCAGGUACAGGGAGACAUGCAUAUAUUGAUGUGGUAUAUAGGGCAGGACAGGAAGAAAAUUUCUUCUACAGCGUGAUAAUUUGGAUCCCAGUAGGAUCUUUUACUUUUCUUGGUCAAUGCAAACUGGCCCCAGAAUGCUAUCGUUUUGAGCUGAAUUAAUAACAAAAAAUAGAUUGUAUCGCUUUUUAUGACAGUGUGCUGUACCAAAUCCCAAACAUUUACUGCACCUUAAUUCUAUGUGCUGAGGAAUAAUGCAACAAUAAAGCUGUGCUGCAUGCAGCUUUCAGCAGUACCAUGGGCCRUAAAAUCUAAUUUUAGGCAUUAAAAUUGAUUAUUUCAACUUCAAUAGUUCUUCCACUCUUCUGUUUUAUCUCCCUUUUCUGCUUCGAUUACAAGUUACUUGUCUGAGUGGAACAUUUUGAUGGCAGGUGUGUAUUUUAUACGCAUGUUUCUGGAAAGACAGAGGGAGUGGGAUUUUCUAGAAUGCUGCCAUAGUGUAUAAGUURGAAGGGCAAAUUUAGCAGAUCUAGUGCAUGGGGGGAAUUAGGAAUUCUGAACAUGCACACUCAGCACAUGGAUUAAACCUUUCCUCAACUGCCUUCUCUCCCUUCAUGUCCCGGUUAGCUUCAGUGCCGAGGGUUGCUGUAUUCAGAUUUAAUUCUCUUGAAAGAUGAGCACAUCCAGAAGAUGUGCAUAGUAAAUAAAAACUGUGGCCUUUAAUCUUCCUGUGUGAUCUUUGAAUGGAGARAAUGUGCUGUAACAUUUCUGCACUGUAACAGAAAAAAAACAAUUUGGCAAUAGUUGUUGCUAAUUCUCAGGGAAUAUUUGCUAUAGUUGUUUUGAAGAAAUACUUCUUAUUUUAUGACCAAAAUACUAGCUUCCAAUCUUUUUUUUUUAAUUUGCUGAAACAGUUAACAACAACAAUCUUAAAAUAUUUAAUGUGUUCUGCUUUCAAACUUGCGCCUGUGAAAGAUUUUGUUUUAUUGAGUCUGAGUUUCUCUUUGGUUCAAGAAACAUACUGAUUAAUCAAGUUCUAAAGGUGUGGAUUUGUUGUUCUAUAAUACUAUUAAAUUAAUUGCACACAGUAUCUUUGACUAUAUUCUUGUGUUCUCUUCCCCAAUUAAAAAAUGUUGUUCAAAAAGGAAAUGCCRUGAAAGAUACUGAGAGUAUUUUCUACAAAAAGUAUCAUAAUCAUGGUUUAUUUCAAGUGUGAAUACUGGGUGAUGGUCACAUUUUCCCCCUGUACUUAUAGAGACUAUAUUAUGUAACUUUUCCUAGCUGUACGUCCCAUUAGAUCUGCAUUUUCAUAAAGGAAAGCUAUUUUAAAUUA